AUGGCGGCGGCGGUGCCGCGCGCGUGUCUCCCGGACGGCGGCGGCGGGAUGGGGCGGACGGUGCUGGUGCGGGGGCUGCCCCCCUCGGCCCGCGCCGCCGACCUGGAGCGGGAGUUCGGGCAGGCGGGGCCGGUGCGGCGGGCGGUGGCCGUGACGGCGCCCGGCGGAGAGACGUGCACCGGGCUGGGCUUCGUCAGCUUCUCCCUGCCGGAGGACGCGCAGCGGGCCCUGAGCGAGAUCCGCACCUUCGGCGGCCGCCGGGUCAGCCUGGCGCUGGCGCGGCCCAAGAAGAAGCGGAGGGCGGCAGGGGGCGGCGGCGGCGGCGGCGAAGAGCCCCCCCGGGAAGCGCCGGAGCCCCCCAAGGCCAGGGGGCCCCCCAAGAAGGCCCGGCUGAUCGUCCGCAACCUCAGCUUCAAGUGCACGGAAGAGGAGCUGAAGAGCGCCUUCGCUGCCUUCGGGACGGUCCUGGAAGCCUCCCUGCCCAGGAAGCCCGAUGGGAAGCUCCGGGGCUUUGCCUUCGUGCAGUUCAAGAAUGUCCUGGAGGCGGGAAAAGCCCUGAAGGGGAUGAACAUGAAGGAGAUCAAAGAGCGUCCAGUGGCCGUGGAUUGGGCCGUGGCCCGGGAGAAGUACCAGGCUGCGCGGGCAGAAGGCGUCCCUGCUGGGAAGAAAGCCCAGCCGGAAGGUGCGGGUGGGAGUGAAGAGAAACCAGGGAGGCCGGAGGCCACUGGGCCCGGCAGGCCCGGCAGGGACCCUCCAAGUCCCCCUGUGGAGAGUGAAGACGAAGAGCAGGAGGCCAGCUCCACGGAGCAGGAGGAGGAACUGGGGGAGGGGAAGGACCCCGGCCCAAAGCAGAAGCCGCGCUGCUCUGAUGUCGCAGAGGGCCGGACUCUCUUCCUCAGGAACUUGUCCUUUGACACGGAAGAGGAAGAGCUGGGGGAGCUGCUGGAGCAGUUCGGGGACCUGAAAUACGUCCGGAUUGUGUUGCACCCCGAGACAGAGCACUCCAAAGGCUGUGCCUUUGCCCAGUUUGCCACCCAAGAAGCUGCCCAGAAUUGCCUGCAGAGGGCGCAGGAGGAGACUGAGGGUCGUGGGCUUCAUCUGGGGGGCCGCCGUCUCCGGGUGGACUUGGCCGUCAGCCGUGAGGAAGCCCAGCAGCUGCGAAGCCCAAAGACCCCCAAGCCCACCGGCACCCGCAACCUCUACCUGGCGCGGGAAGGCUUGAUCCGGGCUGGCACGAAAGCGGCCGAGGGGGUCAGUGAUGCGGAUAUGGCCAAAAGGGCCCGGUUUGAGGAGCUGAAGCGGCUGAAGCUGAAGGACCAGAACAUCUUCGUCUCCCAGACGAGGCUCUGCGUCCACAACCUGCCCAAGAGUGUGGAUGGGGCCGCUCUGCGGAAGGUCAUGCUGCAGGCGGCGGGUGGCGGCUCCUCUGGCGCCAGGAUCAAGGAGUGCCGGGUGAUGCGGGAGCUGAAGGGGCGGGGCCAGUCCCUGGGCUACGCCUUUGUGGAGUUCCAGCAGCCCCAACACGCCCUGCUUGCCCUGCGCCACGUCAACAACAACCCCCAACUCUUCGGGGACCAGAAGCGGCCUAUUGUGGAGUUCUCCCUGGAGGACGGGCGGAAGCUGAGGCUGAAGGAGCAGCGCGCUGAACGCAGCCGGCAAAAGCUGAGGCAGAAGGAAGCAGCUGCCGGGCCAGCAGGUCAGGGGCCACCGCCUGGCACUGGCCAGCCGGGGGCCCCUCAGAAGCCACCCAAGGGCUCGAAGAAGGCCCCAGGGGCCAAAGGAAAGGCGGGGGGCCCCAGCGGACCUCAGGCUCCACCACGGCCUAGUGGCCAGAAGAGGAAGCGGCCCGGGCCCUCGCCGAACCCUCAGGUCCCCGAAGGAGCCACCAGCUGGUCAGGCUUCCAGACAUGCCAGGAGCAGGAGACGGUGGAGCUGCCGGAUGGCACAAAGCGGCGGAGGGUCCUGGCCCUCCCCUCCCACCGGGGACCCAAGAUCAGGAAUCGCGACAAGGGCCAAGCGAAGAGGGCCCCUCCCAAGAAGAAGAAGGCUGGGCCCAGAGAGCGGAAGCCGCCCAGAGCUGCCCCCCGGGGCCCCCAGAAGAGGCGGGCUGGACAGGGCCGGGCGGAGGUUCGCUUUGAGCAGCUGGUGGAGGGGUACAAGCAGCGGAUCCUGGGGGCUGGCAAGGCCCCCCUGCAGCUGAAGAAGAGCAAGUGGUUCGAGAACUGAGUCGCUCCUCCCCAAGGAAGAGAGACAGACACCCCCCCCAUCUGGGUGGGGCUGCUGGGAGGUCCCGCCCUUGGGGGGAGAGGAGGAGGUUCCUUGGCACUGUGUGGGCGGGCGUGACACGGGACUUCGGAGCAGACAGGCAGGGUGAAGAGCCCCCUGGAAGUGCUGGGGCCUCUGCCCCCAGAGUGGGGGUCAGUGCCUGUGGAGGAGCAGGGCAAGUGCUGUGGCCAGACCAUCCUUGCCCUGGGGAGGAGGGGCGGGGGGGGGUCGGCCCUCCCUCUGCGCUGAGCCAGCCCCAGGCGUGCAGAAGUGUCUCCCGGCAACGCAGCCCAGUGGACGAUGCGCAGGACAGUGGCUGCUGGGAGGAGGAGGAGGAGGCUCCAGGCGUGUCCAUCGCUUACUUGGCAUCUUUUAAUAAAUGACUUUCUCCCAA